CAACUUUCUCAGUACCAAUUUGGCAAGCUAUAAGUAGGUCAUACAAUCCCCCUGUAAGCUGAGAAACCCAAAAUGUCCUCUGUGCCGAACAAGUCGUGGAGCAUCCAGUUGCGCGAACUGGUCAACUCGCCCUUCGUCAUCAUCGCGCUGACCUGUGUCCUGGGAUACGUGGCCUAUAUGAAGACCAGGCGCCAGCGUGGAACCUACGACGAUGAGGACUACGAGAACGAGGGUCACCGCAAGCUGCCCACCCCAUUGACCGGACUCCGUCUCAACCGGAAGCAGUUGGCCAAGUACAACUCGCAGCGUCCGGAUAAAACCUACUUGUUGGCCCUCGACGAGACUAUCUACGAUGUCUCCAGUGCCGAACAUAUUUUUGGGCCUGGUGGAAAAUUUGCCAGCCUGUCGGGAACCGAAAUAUCGCAUUUCAUUAAAAAGCAAGCGGCCUUCGAGAAGCGAGACAUUUACUCCAAUCACGAUGAGUGGGAAAUGAUGCUGGUAGAUACCUUCGAAGAGGCUGGUGAACUUAUCGACCCGGACAAAGAGCUGAUUACUGACAGUGUGAAUAAAAUGGAAUCAAUAGUUGAGGAAACCAGCGCGGACGAGAACGACAGCGGUGAUAAGGAGCAGCAGUUGGAGCCGGAUAGGGAGCCAGUAAAGGAGCCCGAGCCCAAACCGGAGAUCCUGCUUCCGGAACUCCCUGAGCUGAACUUGGGCCCGGCAGACGAUGCCAUCAACUCUGAUUGCGAUUCUCUUCGUACUGCUUUCGAUUUUCCACCGGGCCAGGAUGAUCGCGUGGAUGAGCAAGACGACGAUGACGAUGAGAAGGACGAGAAUGUGAACAAGGAUGAUGUGGGCGAUGACAAGGAGGAGGAGUCCUUCCGCGAAGUUGGCCAGGGCGAUAGUAAUGCCGGUCUCAUCGGAAAUGAGACCUUACCAGAUGGCACUUUCAACCAGACCAUAUGGAAUGACACAGAUGUAACGGUGGUGGCCAGUGUUUAAACAGCCUCAUCUUCACACGCCGCCCAUCGAAAUCCAGCCAAAAGUGGCACUUAACCCAUCAUAAGCUGCCAUAUAUGAACUUAAGCCCUUAGCCGUAAUAACACAACACACGAAUAUAAAUACCUCUCGGAUUUUAUGUGUAUCUGCAUUCACAGCACUUGCACUGAGAAAAAACCAUACCGUCACACUGUAAUUUUAUGUAAAAAUUAUGUACAGCUCUAGACUACUGAAUCGAAUAGAUUUCUAAUGUAUUGCUAUGAAAUAAAAGGGUUAACGUGUCA